GAGGGUCAAAGGGUCAACUGAGAUUCGACCGUGGGGUCCAGAACAUGACAAAGGUUGAAAACCCCUGGAAUAAAAUGCUUUUUGAAGUACUGUGGCAGACACUUUCUGAUUGAAGCCUGAAGAUGGAGACAAGACGUGAAGUUUGUCUGAGAUGCAUUGAGUCCGCAUCACAUCAGCACCCCCAGAGGGUGGCAGGGUCUUCCAAGUCCCAAACUCCCACCUGUCUGAGAUAAAGACGCCCGUCUCGACUGCCACCUCCAGCUGCCACCCACACCAGCUGCCACCUUCAUGCUCCUGGCACCUGAUCGCUCAUUCUGAGAGACUGUAGCAGAGCUCGAGGAAGCAAAGUUCUUUCCAGCAUGGAGGGCGUAGCCGUGGAUAACCUCAUAGACUUUGACAUGCCCUCACAGGCCGCAGUGCCCUCCGGGGGCGAUGGAGGCCAACACCAGGGCGAUACAGACAUUUUUUCCCCGGAUGCAGCGUCCUCCAUGGGGGCCCACCAGGAGCCCCUGCUGCCAGAGCCCAUGGCGCCCACCAACCCCAGCCCGCACCACCACCACCACCAUCAGCAGGGGGGCGAGGCCGGCGAAAACGACAGCGACGCAACCGAAUCGGCGGACAGCGAGAAUGACAUGGACCCGCCCUCCCAUAGGUGGGAGCUGCGGCGGUCGUCUUCCUCGUCCAAUCACAGCGGGGAGGAUGGAGAUGCUGAGACGGUGGAGCGGCGGCAGUUCAUGAAGGCUUAUGUAGAGAAGGUUUUCCACGGAAAGGAGGACUUUGACCAGGAAGAGAAGGCUCGGUUUGGAGAGCUGUGCAGCGGAGAGAAUGGCAAGGGCAGGGAGUGGUUUGCCAAAUAUGUCAGCGCACAGCGCUGCAACUCCAAGUGUGUGAGCGAAGCCACCUUCUACAGGCUGGUGCAGUCCUUUGCCGUCGUGCUGUUUGAAUGUUACCAGAUGGACGACUACAGCCCAGCCAAGAACCUCAUGACCAUGUGCUUCACAUACUACUACAUUGGAAAGUCUCAGCCGUCUCCCUCGGAGCUGCUGGAUCGUGGCGGUCCGCCCGCUGGUCUGGACUCCUACCUCAACAAGGCCAACUCCUGGCUCUCCGGGAAGAAGGACGCCGCCGAGCGCCUCCUCAAAACCACCUCCAAGACUGAUGUCAAAGGCUUUUUCGGAGGCCUGGAGAGCAAGCUGCGGGGCCCGAUGGCACGAAAGCCCGAGGAGGGAGAGAGUCCUGUUGAGACAAAGCCCAAAUCACCAGUCUCAGAGACUCCAGAGGAAAAGAAAGGGGAAAAGGUGUACCUGUACACCCACCUAAAGCAGCAGCCCAUCUGGCAUACGUUAAGGUUUUGGAACGCUGCUUUCUUCGAUGCCGUCCAUUGUGAGAGGAAGAAGAGAUCACCAACCACAAGGGGAGCGCAGGACGAAGAGAAAGACGAGAGGGAGAAGUGGUGUCACAUGACCCAGGAGGAGAGGGACGACAGCUCCAAAAUCGAUGAGAAUAUCGCCUUCGGUCAGCUGGGGACGUUCACCCACAACAUGCUGGCUUUUGGGCUCAGUAAGAAACUCUGUAAUGACUUCCUGAAGAAGCAGGCCGUCAUCGGGAACCUGAACGAAGAACAGUACAAGUUGCUGAGCGACCACAUCGAGAAAAUGGCAGCAGAGUGAGUCUGAGGACGACAGGCUUCGUUUCAAAGUGUCAAUGUGACGGACUGACAGCACACACACACACACACACACAUACACACACACACAUUGGCAGUGUCUCAACAUCUCAAUGUCACAGUGACCGACCCUCCAUUUGACUGGUGUCCCACAGGCGUGGCGCUGUUUGCUGGAAAACAAAGUACCCGACUGUAGUGCCGUAGCUGUAGCACACCCCGACCCAGCCCUGACUCCCUGCUCUGAAUCAGCAAUAACACAACACAAGCAGCCAGUACCCAGGUCAGCAUCUGUAAUCAGCUUCAAAAAGACGAUAUCAUGAUACAUUAUGAAUAUAGUGUUGCACGCUCUAGAUUUGUGCAUAACACAUCACGUGCAUCACCUAAAGAUUACGUUAUCCCUUAUAUUCUUUGAACCGGUAACCAUCAGACCCGUGUCACGUAGUAGGUACAAUAAUUCUUUGCGUUUGUUGUAAUCUGCAUGGAGCACCAGACAGGUGGGGGUUCCUGCAUUCAGGUGAUUUCAGAUAGUGUCGGGUAAGUCUGAAUACUUUCAAUAGCAUUUUUAAAAAACUGUGUCUCAUAAAUUUGUGAACACAGUUGUGUUUGGUAAGUCCCUCCAUGCCUUCCUCUCUAGUCUUCCUUCUGUGUGCUCACUUCAGUGACCUGCUUCAACCCUUGUUUUGUAACUUCUCCCCUGGCACACACUUUAUAAUCUAGUAUUAUUAUUUUUUUAUGUAUUUUAUUAGAGAUUUUAUGAUACCAAUGGGAUCAUUGGAGAUUCCCUGUCCAUCCAAAGUGCCUUCCAUUUAGUGAAACUCCUUGUCUUUAUCUUUGGACGCUGCUCGCAGCUGUUCCACCGAGUCCUAACAAAGUAACUGCACCUGAACCUACAAAGAACACCAUCAUAGAUUACCUGGUCAAGUGUAGAUGUUCAUUUUUUUCCAGGAUUCACAGAUUAAUCCUCUCCUCCCCCAGAGAGAAACAACUUCUUAUGCACGCAAAUUCAGUAGAGAGGUAUCUGUGUUUAUAGUGGUGCUCUGAAAUAGCUAUAUUAAUGGAUUCGUCCUUGAUUUAACUGUAGAGCUAGUAGGUGUGUGUAGAUACGUAUACAAUUAAGAACCUGCAGCAUGGCUAAACAUGCCAGCCUUGCAUUUAAAAAAAAAAAAAAAAAAAAAAAAGUUGGUCCUUAUGCUGCCAUGUAGUGUUUCCCAUCCUGCAGCACCUACAGUGCUAUGUGCAUGCAUGCCUACCUAUAUUUGCAUGUGUCAAAUGCAUCGAGCAAGUGGAAAAUUAGCAACUGAAUUGUGAGGUGACGUCUGCUGAUUGUAUUACUGUAGCCCGCCACCGUGGGGCAGCAUUGUGUCUUCAAAGGACUUCUCAAUUGGAGGCAAUGCUUGAGAGGAGUCAUAGGAACAGAUAGAGAAAAAAAAACAACCUUUGCUGUUUCAAGAAUAUACAGAUGUGUGAUGGCAUGAAGAGACUUUCAUGCCAGAAUAAUGUACAUCCUGACAGGUUGGACUCAAGUUUGAACUCACAGUCUGUUGUAAUCUAUUGUGACAACCUAUUGAUUUUGUAAAUGCUGUACAUUUUACUCUCCACAUGUUCAGAGAUUAUCGUGUUACUACUGUUUGCAAAUUGUGGGUGUCAUCGGCUAGUGAACUGCCUUAGUGUAAAUGAUCAAUGUAAAUGUGUAUCGUGAUUUCCGAAGGAACAUAUUUGUCUAACUGUGGUUAUGACCUUGAAGUGCCCUAAUGAUCUAAUAUCCCCUUUUCCCAUUUGAAGUGGUCCGUCGGCGUGCUUGCAUUGUGUCGUGCAAUAACCUUUAACAUAACCUAAAACCAUUCCUCGGAAGCAGAGUGACGCUGUUGUUCUCUGUGUUCAUUCUCCUGUCAGGUUAUUUCCGAUAUCUGUGGGGCUGUUUAGCAGUGGGCCGUCUGUUUUGACGGCAGAGUGUCUCUCGUAUCGUUUUCCCGCUGCAUGUAAGCCAGUUUGUAAACCUUCAGUAAUCCACGCUGUGUUGAGGCUGUGUACAGAACGGCCGGACACUCAUGACUCCGUCCUCCGCUCUUUUUGUUUUGCUUUGUUUUGUUUCGUUGAUGUGACCUUUAAGCCUUACCAUGUUGCAUGUUGAUGUUAAUGCCUUGUACACCCCUCUGGCCUCUGUCUGGACUCUUGGAGAGAUCUUCCUCAUCUGGACGGGUUUAUCCAGUGUGGUUGAAAUAUUUAUCGCUGUAUAUUGUCUUUCCAGAUCAGUGUGAGAACAAGAGUUUGGACUCAACAUUUAGUCUCACUAGAUGUUCACCCUCCCCUGAUAAUUUUGCUUUGACUGAUGACUUUUAAAUGUGUACUGCAUGGCCAGUGCAUGGUCUGUCGCUGGAUCGAACCAACAGCACAUGUGGUGUUACAUUUAAACUUUGUGUUCGACACUGUGAGAAAUGAAGGUAUUGUUUUAUCAAUCAUAGCAGCAGUCUGUCUCAUGCACAAAUAAAGGUUGGUCCUGUUGACUUUGGCAUCGGCCAAAAAGAAUGCACAAAGUUUGUAUUAGAGAUUGGCCUGGGGGUCAUUUUAUGGAAACAUAGACACCAAAGUCCUUCUUGUGGCCCUGGUAGAUUCAUGCUAACACUUCAGCAUAUGCCAUGUUAUGUGACAGGAGGCUUCAAAGUGAAAGAAUGAGCUUUUAGGAAAUGUUUUUUGUUAUUUUUAUUAUUGAUUCAUAAAUUUAUUUUAUUAUUAUUAUUUUUUUUUAAGUCAGCUGAUACAGGCAGGUUUACUUUUGAACUACUUGAGGUGAAAAACCAUGUAUUCAUCUUCUGUCCAAUGAUUUUUAGCUGUACACCAUCUCCCAACACACACCACCUUCACCUCCUUUGGAAACAGAGAAAGUAGUCUUGCUUCUUUGAUACAAGAUAUUGCUUUUGUGCAGUCUGUCUCAUUUUCUCACUGUGACGAUGAUGCCAGCCAGCUACAGAUGCUUGGUUCACAUCAUCAUCAGAUUCAUUGGAGGUUCCCACUUUCAGGUUUGCAAAGUUAGACGUCCAAAAUCCAGCUGCACUCAUGUUUUGGAUCUUGAAAGCAGAAACACUCCCUGCUGGGAAACAGGAAUACACAAUGAGCUUGAUACCACGUGAACGCGGCUUAUCACUCAACACAAAGUCUGCUUAAGUGUUGUUUGAUGUUCUAGGGACACAUGGAGGAUUUUGGUGGCCAUGUUCUCAUUGUGUGACACGUACGUUGACCAACAGGACAAACCAAGUGCAUAUCUUUUACCAUAACUUGUGUGUUUUCUAUGUGCAAAGGUCUGGAGAUGUGUUACACAGAGAUGUUACCACAGGGGGAAAAUAAAGAAGGUUUGGCAUCUAUAAUGUCCCUGUUAUUUCAUUGUGUAAUCAUCACACUUUGCAUGGAUGUGCUGUCAUCAGUAAUGUUGGAUCAAAUUGUUGAUGCUGUAAUAAAUUAAUUUUUUGAUGUCAA